CAUCCUCUUGACAUCAUCAACACUCGCCAAUAAAGCAUGGCGCUACCGCUGUCAAAUGAAGCAGGACGAUAACAGAUUGACUGUGUUUUUGAACAUUCAGCGUGACUUUUAAAGCUUUCCGGUGCACAAAACUGGCCUCGCCUUCUUGGUCCAGUCCUUUGUUUGCGAUUUAAUCCUUGUCGGCUGAUCUUAGCAGGUAUAGCGAGCCAGCUCAACACCAAAAUGCACUCUGUGAAGGUCGGCUAUUUAGCUUCGGCUGCGUGGCGAGCUCUCUGCUCGAGUGGACUUUACUGUGGUGACUUUAUUAAAGUGUCCGCCUGCUGUCGUGUUCAUUGUGCUGUCAGUCAGACUCGCUUUUGCCGAACAGCAGCCACGCCAGAAGAGACAGUCAUCCGCAUUCCUCGCUACAUGCAGAAGCACAUUGAAAGUGCAAAACAGACUCGAGGCAAAAACAAGAUCAACACCAUCAAAGCCGGCAAGCUCCUGAUUCAGAGCAAGGAUCCUGAUCUGAACCAGUCGGCGGGAUAUACUCUUGGGAAGUUCGAGCAGCCCAAUCUCUGCUCCAAAGGGUGGAAACAUAACAAGUCAUUUGGUGACUAUUUCACCAUCAACAACACCCAGACCGUUGCACCUUUCGUUGUUGAUAACCAGAACGAGGAUGCUGAACAGAAAGCAUCGCCGACGUUUAGUAACCUCCAUAUCUGCAAGGAGCUGGUGGAAGCUUUGGACAAGAUCCACAUUACCCAUCCCACCACUGUGCAGCUGCAGACCAUCCCAAAGGCCCUGAAAGGUCACAACGUUCUCUGUGCUGCGGAGACGGGCAGUGGCAAAACGCUGACUUACCUCCUGCCUAUUGUUCACAGGCUGCAAGCGGAGAAGAAGUCGGAGAUGUACGCUGGGAGCGCACGCAAGAUCUGCGCUGUGGUUCUUGUGCCUUCCAGAGAGCUAGCUGAGCAAGUGGCGGCCGUGUCCAGGACUCUGUGUGCUCCAUUUGGCCUACUGGCCAGGACUGUGGGUGGCGGGCGGGGUGUAGGACACAUCAAGGCGGUCGUCAAGAAGGAUCAUCCGGAUAUUUUAGUGGCCACACCGGGCGCUCUGGUCAAGGCCCUGCGGAGACGCUUCGUGGACUUGAGUGAGCUGAGCUUCUUUGUGGUGGACGAGGCUGACACCAUGUUCGACCCCAGCUUCUCUGACAUGCUGGAGAACAUCCUGCUCCACGCCAACAUUGCUAGCGAUCCCAAGGAAACCCAAGGCCCAGGCCGUAAAGCCCAGCUGCUGGUGGUGGGGGCCACCUUCCCUGGGGGUGUCGGGGAAGUGCUCAGCCAGGUGACAGACCUUGGCAGCAUGGUGGUGAUCAAGAGCAAGAUGCUGCACUUCCUCAUGCCACACGUCAAGCAGACGUUUCUGAAGGUGAAGGGCGCUGACAAGAUCCUGGAGCUCCACCAAGCCCUGAAGCUUCUCCAACAGGAAAAAGGAGGGGGUGCGGCUCUGGUGUUCUGCAACAAGUCCCCCACCGUCAACUGGAUGGGGUACUCGCUGGACGAGAUGGGGGUGCGGCACGCACGGCUGCAAGGGGAGAUGCCUGCUGCUGUGCGUUCGGGAAUCUUCCACUCCUUCCAGAAGGGCCUGGUCGAUGUGCUGAUAUGCACAGACGUUGCUUCACGUGGCCUGGACACAUCCCGGGUGCGCUUGGUUGUCAACUAUGACUGCCCGGAAUCCCACACAGACUACAUCCACAGGGCAGGGAGAGUGGGGAGGGCAGGAGGGGUGGAGGAUGGGGAGGUGCUCAGCUUUGUCACUCAUCCAUGGGAUGUGGAGCUGGUGCAAAAUAUUGAGACAGCUGCACGUAGGAGAAGUAGUUUGCCAGGGAUGGAAUCUGAUAUACGUGAGCCAAAACCCAAAGUAGUAGAGGCAGAGGAGUAGAAGUGUUGUUUUUUUUUUAAAAGCUUCUGGUGGGACAUGUUACUACGUACGUGUUGUGUUGGGAUGACAAACUCUAAAUGUACAAAACAUUGUCAGCAGAAAUGGUAAGCCAGAUUUGUUCGAAACAGAAUUAAAGUAGGCUGUUUUUCUUUGGCCAGUAUGACUAAAGAAGUAAGAAUUAAUUAAAUUGCCAACUUUAUGGUUGAUCGUACAGAGGAUGGAAAUUCUACUAAAAUGUGUGAAUUUUGUUUUACCCUACUUUCAGUGUUUCCUCUAUGGUGAUUUGACUGUAGUGGCCCCCCACGGCAACAUUUCUGCCCCCCACGGUACCAGAAAUAGGGCUGCAUUGUUAGAGUGCAAGUCGGAGAAUAGCGCGGACACACAAGGAUAACUAGCCAGUUGAGAUCGUGUGUGUACGUCCUUGAGAACUGUAAGUCGUAUAAUAACUUAUGUUGUCAGUUCAUUUAAGCCUGGUCUUGCAAAUUUAAAUUAAGUUAACUGGUAAUUUUCGUUUCAUUCAAACAUUCCUAACUGGGAUAAAGUGAAAGGGAGAUUAAUGAAAGUGACAAAAUCAUUGUUUUGCCGAGCUACAACCUGAAAUAGCUUAGUUCUGGUGUAAGUUCUUACUUCUGAUAUUUAAAAGCACUAACAUAAAGCAUGAUGUUAAUGGGAAUAUGGAAGUGUGCUCUGUCUAAAUUUUAAUGUUUCCAUAGUGUCAACAUUUUUUCGUUAAGGCCUAUAUUUCCUGAUGUAAAUGUGCAGAUUAAUCUGCUCAGCAGUUGCUUAUUUAGACUUAAUAUACAUAUUACAAUAUUUCAAUCAACUGAUGCUGUAUUUUUGUAAAAAAAUGCUUGAACUUUAAAGUAAAAAUGUAUUGCAUAUUCUU